AUGGCAAGAUAUUCAUCUGGCGGAACGCGAAAUUGUGGCCUUGUUGCAAUAAAUGAAUUCAAAUAUCUUGUUAAAGAAGCACAUAAUCGGGGAAUUGAGGUGCUCAUGGAUGUUGUUUUCAAUCACACUGCUGAAGGGAACGAGAAUGGUCCUAUUUUGUCAUUUCGAGGUGUGGAUAACAGUGUGUUUUAUAUGCUUGCACCUAAGACUAUUCAGGGAGCUACAUCCCUGGUCGAAAUUGCUGGGCCCUCCAGUAGUGUCCUGGGAGAAUUCUACAAUUAUUCAGGUUGUGGAAACACCUUCAACUGCAACCAUCCCAUAGUACGCCAAUUUAUAUUGGAUUGCUUGAGGUAAAUUGACCAUAGAUUGGUACCGAUCUCUCUCUCUCUCUCUCCCCACAACUGUUUAGGUAAUGUGGAAUAGGGCUUAUUUGGAUGACAGGAGCAUGGCAUCAUGAUUGAAGCCUGAUUACUUGAAAUGAGAUGGGCAAUAAUAAAUUCUCAUUGUCCUCCCAUUCAAGAGAUUUAACAGGCCAUGAAUUGUCAAUGAAAUAAGUCUUAUAAUAAUUGUGAUUAAGAUCCAUGUAAGAAAAAAUUUAAGUAAUUAUCCAACAUAUUGAGGUUGAAAUCAAAUAUAUAUUGCAAAAAUAAAGGAUGAGUUAUACAAUACUUGUAUAGCUAAUGGGAUCAUGUGGUCCAAUUGUUGAAGUUCUUGCAAUUCACCAAAAGCUGUCAUCAUUUGAGCUAUUAAAGCCAAAACUGGCUCGUACAAAAAUAUACAUUAUACCUUGCAUGUAACCUACCAACGGGCCUUUGGUCCAAUGGUACUCCUUAACUUGUGAAGGCUUUGCCUUUUUGAGAUCAA